AUGUCGGGCUGGAUGAACUUCUUCGGCAAGAAGGACAACAAGAACUCGGCGCGCGAUGCGAUAGUAGGCUUGCGGCAGCAGCUGCUCAUGCUCGAGAAGAAGGAGGAGCACCUCAACAAGAAGAUCGACGACGAACUGAAAAAGGCCAAGGCCAACGUCACAACAAAUAAGCGCGCGGCACAAGCGGCGUUGCGCCAGAAAAAGGCGUACGAGAAUGAGCUGGAUCGCAUCGCAGGCACGCGUAUGACGCUCGAGACGCAGGUCAACGCCAUCGAGAGCGCCAACAUGAACCUCGAGACCAUGACGGCCAUGCGCAAGGGCGCCGACGCGCUCAAGACCAUCCACGGCAGCCUCAACAUCGACAAGGUCGACUCCACCAUGGACUCGAUCCGCGAACAGAUGGACCUCACCAACGAGAUCUCCGACGCCAUCUCCAACCCUGUCGGCAUGGGCAACGACAUCGACGAGGACGAGCUCAAGAACGAGCUCGAGGAGCUCGAGCAGGACGAGCUCAACGAGCGUCUCGUCGGAGCCGACUCGGUACCCCUGCAUACCCCAGCCGUAUCCGCCGGUCCAUCACGCGCCAAAGAGGCCGAGCGCAAGCAGGCGGUGGUGGAGGACGACGACGAUGCCGAGCUCCGCGCGCUCCAGGCCGAGCUGGCCAUGUGA